GCGGGGGGUGGGGGGGGGGAGAAGGAGGAGGGGGUGCAAGAGUGGAGCGAGCGGUGUGCGGCUGCGCAUGCGCGGGCGCCCGGGCGGCCGUUGGUGUGGGGAGGCCGGGGCUGAGGAAGUACAGGGUGACUUGUGAAGAAUUGUCUUCCCUGGAGCCUGGACCUGUUUUUUUCUGUGGCCUAGCAAGAGGCAGUUUCCUUUCCCAAGCUGCGGGCAUCUUGUUGUCUGGAUUCAGUCAUUCCCAGAGGAAUGGAGGAAUGCAAUUGAUAAAUCCUUAAGGCCACUGUGCUCCUGCAGGCAGCAUCAGAAGCUGGCUUCACCUUCUCCACUUUGGCACUGUGGGGGUGGGCCUCUUUUUGUAACCUGCUCUGGAUACCUUUUUAGUGGCAUUAUAGACCAAAGGAGAUGGAAGAAAAGGAACGAUGCGACAAAUUCCAGCUGAAAAUGAGUUGCGUGCCAUGGAAAGGUGACAAGACUAAAUCAGAAUCACCAGAACCACCCCAGCUACCACCACUACGUAUUUACCAUGAGAAACAACGUAGGGAGCUGUGUGCCCUCCAUGCCCUCAACAAUGUCUUCCAGGACAGCAACGCCUUCACUAGGGAAACCCUGCAGGAGAUUUUUCAGAGGCUGUCUCCCAACACCAUGGUGACACCACACAAGAAGAGCAUGCUGGGAAAUGGCAACUAUGACGUGAACGUAAUCAUGGCAGCGCUUCAGACCAAAGGCUAUGAAGCGGUUUGGUGGGACAAGCGCAGAGAUGUUAAUGUCAUUGCCCUGUCUAACGUGAUGGGCUUCAUCAUGAAUCUGCCCUCCAGCCUUUGCUGGGGUCCCUUGAAGCUCCCCCUCAAGCGACAGCACUGGAUCUGUGUCCGGGAGGUGGGAGGCACCUACUACAACCUCGACUCCAAACUCAAGGUGCCCGAGUGGAUUGGAGGUGAAAGUGAGCUCAGGAAAUUUUUGAAACACCAGCUGAGAGGAAAGAACUGUGAACUUCUGCUGGUGGUGCCAGAGGAGGUGGAAGCACAUCAGAGCUGGAGAGCUGACGUGUGACCUGGACCAACUCUGUCCUCUCACUACAGCUCUUCCCCCUUACCAGACUCCUGACAUCCUGUAACCUGGAUAAUGGGUGCCCCCAGUCUUCUCUUCUGGAACUGGCUUUUGUUGGGCUCUUUUCUUUCUUCUUGGUGCAAUAGGGCAGUGACAUAGGAUAUUGGGGGAGGUGGGGGGGAGGGAAGAAUUAAAGGCAGAAUGGAGGAAACUGGAAGCCAAUCACUUUAAUUGCAGAGGCAAAUGAGCUGCGUGCUCUUAAGCUAACUACAAUGCAGCAUGCUCCUCAAAACUGGGCUUUGAGGCAAAGGUGUCUGGAACUUGCUGGUCUCCCCUUCCCCAUGCCUUUCAAGGCUGCGUGUGGUUGGACGCUGCUCCCUCCGGAGCUCACAUGAGCUGCUCUGGCUGGAAUGUGUCUAGGGGAGGAGCAGGGCCAAGCACCCUGCCUUGUCUUCACAAGUCUCUCCCUCCAAAACUGUAGUUGUGAAGACAUUUGCAAUUUGUAAGGGUCUCUCAGGACAUUCUCAAACACUAGGAAUAGUACGGUGCUCAGCACAACCCUCUGCUUCUUUGGGAUGGUUUGUGCCAGGAAUUUGAAGACAGUAACAAAAACAGUGUCAUCUUUCAAGAAAUUCUUUGGGUAGCUGGAGGAUUCUUCCAGAAUGUCUCCAGGGAUUUAUGUACGUAACUGAGUGGUUGUUUGGCAAUAUGUGGCUGGUGAAUGCAAUGUGGAAACAGUAAGCACAGGCUAAUUGAGGAAUAUCAAGUUUCUAAAGUGAGAGAGGCUGUAGUCUGUUUGGGCUUCUUUGUGCAGUGUUGGGUGUUUUCUUUUUAACAUCUGAUGCUAUUUUGGUUUUCUGCAUGGUCACCCGAUAGUUUAGGGGUUGCUUGGAGAGAGGAAUAAAACGGGGUGGGAUUUAAGAGGAAAUCAUUCCCUUCUAUUCCCCUCUUGCCAGAAAUCUAGCCCACAGUUGCUAAUGUCACACAAAACAUUCCAAAAGGAAGCCCUUCUGCUAAUGGGCUAAAGUUCUGAAGAAAAAUCAGCUGAGGAUGGAAGCCUUUAUAAUGGGCAAUUUCUCCCUUUUUAUAGUUACUAGCGGCUAAUGUCAGAGAUGCACAGGGUCCAACCUGAAUCUUCAGGUGUUAGAGACACUCUGGCAUGGUAGCUGAACCAAGUUCUUAGUGUUGACUGACAAACAUUCCAUUAAUGGCUGAAUCACUUUUUCCUCCUUCCUGCAGGGAAAAGUGACUAGACAGGGAGACUGCAACAGGAAUCUCCAUUGGUUGUUUCCCUGUAACCUGGGUAUCUUUAGUUCAGUUAUUCCUUCCACAGCAGAAUGAGGAAAUGCUGAAGUUAGAAUGGAAUUCAUGUGUUUAGUGCUUCCUGGCUGUUUGUUCCCUCCCUUACAUAUCUGAUGUCUUCUCUUUUAUAUGGUAAUAUCUGAAAAGUGAUGGAGCUGAAGGAUCCUGCUCCAGUGUGUGUGAAACUCUCAUUACUGAUCUUUGAGCUAUUGAAAGGAGGGUGGUGGGCUUUAACUACUUUUUCUCAGUUAUCUUGAAAGCUCAGCAAAGUGUGAACAGGUGUUUGAAGCUGAAUGAGAGACCACCAAAAUCAGACCCUAACAGAAAACAGGCCAUGUGACAAAGGGACAGUGAUGGUGUAUGCUGACUUCUGGGCAUCCUGCAAGCACCAUUUUGCACUCUUUCGAGCACAACCUCCAGAAGACAAGGGCAAAUGGCUCUUAGGUUUUUAAAACCUAACGUUUCUAUAAAAAGUCCUAUUUCUUAACACAUUCCAAUGACCAAUACCAGCUGGCAAAAUUUUUAAACACUCUACAAGCAGAAUGCAAAGUCUGUAGGCAUUCUGCUCAUGACUUGAAGCCAUUUCUUCAAGAGGGGAAGGAGAAAAAUGAAUCUCAACAGCAACAUUUUUCUAUGUUGAUUAAAAGCGCACUUUGGAGAAACCCUGUUUGCAUGAAAACUGCAAGCCAAUGGAUCAGUGCACAAUAUGCAAAUAUGUUUUAAAAUAUUUUGGGGCUACUUUCCUCUCCUUGUAUGUCAGCACCUUUCCUGCAGGGAGAAAAUAACUGUGAUCCAGCUGCUCAGGUAAAGGGAAACUGUAUGAUCACAUCCUGCUGGGAAGCAAGGCUGCAGUGACAGAGGGGGUGGGCAAAACAGUCCAGUCCCACUGCUUGGGAGUGGGGAAGCCCAUGUUUGUUUUCUUGCUUGUUUGGUUUUGUUAGAGCCUUGUCUGGGUUUGUUUACAGAGAUGUAUUUUGUUUAACCAAAUAUUAAAAAUGGAAAAAAGUUUCCAUAUAAAUGUCCUAUCACUUCUGUAUGUUCAACUGAAUUGUCCUGUAACAAAGUAUGUAAAGGAAAAAUAAAUUUUUUUCUUUGGUUAUAAAACUGAAA